AUGUUUGCUACACUUCCCCCCUUACUUUACCCUGCAAUAUUUCUUUGCUUGACUUGUGCUUUCUCACAAAGAGUUGCACCCCAAAAUCCGAUAAGGUGUAUUGAGAGGGAGAGGCAAGCUCUUCUGGAUUUCAAGCAUGGCCUUGAGGAUGACUAUGGCCUUCUCUCUUCUUGGGGGAGUUCUAUUCAUCAAAGAGAAUGCUGUAAUUGGUGGGGCGUUCACUGCAACAACAACACUGCCCAUGUAACCAUUCUUGAUAUUCAUGCCCCCUUAGAUGAUCAUGGUUUCAUACUUCAAUUGAAAGGUUCCAAGGUUAGUCAAUCUCUACUCCAACUCAAACAUUUGGUUUAUUUGGACCUUAGUAACAAUGAUUUCCAAGGGAAUCCGAUCCCCGAAUUCAUUGGUUCAUUUGGGGGUUUACGGGUCUUGAGUCUCAUGGACGCUAAUUUCGCUGGUACUGUUCCUUGUGAGUUAGGGAACCUCACCAAUCUUCGGGUUCUGAAUAUUACAGGAGGUGGUCUAAAGAUGAAUAAUCUCGAGUGGCUCUCUCGUCUUUCUUCUCUAAGGUCCAUUGACUUAAGUGGCAAUGAUUUUAGUGGGUCGCCAAAAACAAUUGUUAGCCUCCCUCCUUUCCUUGAGAAAUUAAGGUUUUCAAGUUGUUAUGGACUCGAUGAAACUUUGCCUUUCUCCUUGAAUUCUCCUUCUCCAUUUCUUUCCAUUGUUGACUUUUCUGAAAACAAUCUCAUCACUUUUUCUUCGGUAUUCCAUUUGUUGCGCAAUGUUAGCAAACAGCUCACUAGCAUCAACCUAUCAGGAAACAUCUUAAAUGGUUCCAUUCCUGAUGCACUUGGUGACAUGAACUUUCUUGAGAGCCUUAUUCUUGAUUGGAAUUUUUUUACAAAUGGAAUUCCAAAAUCCUUUGGGAAUUUAACCCAUCUACAAAUUCUCUCUCUGGGUAACAAUCAAUUGAAUGAAUCUAUAGCCGAUCUUUUCAAAAAGUUAUCGGGAAAGUCAUUACAAAUCUUGGAAUUAUCGUUUAAUAAUCUCAGUGGUGAAAUUCCGGUAGAUAUCGGCAUUAGAUUUCCAUCAUUGAGAAUAUUGCAUGUGAUUGAAAACCAGUUGAACGGAUCAUGUUUCACACUACCUUCAAGUCUUGAAGAGUUAGAUUUAUCUCGUAACAAAAUUAGAGGGUUGUUGCAAGAUAUGAAAUGUUUUGGACAAGAAUGUGAUCUUAUACAUCUCAAUUUGGCUGACAAUCAAAUUACAGGACAAUUUUUUGAUUUGUCACAUUUGCCGUCUUUAACAGAGUUGGAUGUUUCUGGGAAUCAAAUUACAGGACAUAUUCCCGAUCUAUCACAUGUUUUGUCCCUAACCAUGUUAGAUUUAUCUGAAAACCAUUUACAAUGGGGCUUACCUGAAACUAUGGGAAAGCUAUCAAAGCUUGAAAGAUUGUAUGUCUCAUCAAAUUCAUUGGAGGGAGUUUUAACUGAUGCCCACUUUUCAAAUCUCACCAAUCUUCAAUACUUGGGUUUAUCCUUUAAUGCAGCUUUGUACUUCAACUUGAGUGAUAAUUGGGUUCCCCCUUUUCAAAUAAAGUAUUUUUCUUGUGCAAAUUGUAAAGUGGGUCCUCAAUUUCCAAGAUGGCUACAAAAUCAGACUACAUUAGAUUAUCUUGAUAUUUCUAAUGGCAGCAUUUCAGAUACAAUCCCCAGAUGGUUUUGGAAAUCUUCCAUGAGUUCCAAGAGUUUCUAUGGCAUGAACUUGUCUUACAACAACAUUGGUGGGAGAAUUCCUGAUUCAGUGACUAACUUCACCGCUGAUUUUACAUCGAGACUGAUAGAUUUGAGUUAUAAUAACAUUUGGGGUCCCAUACCAUUACUUCCGGAUGGUAUUUCAAUACUUCAUCUCUCAAAUAACAAGCUUUCUGGUCCAAUUUCAUUAUUAUGCUCGACUUUUGACUAUUUUUCUAAUUCUAUUGAUCUUUCUUAUAACCAGCUCUCUGGUGAGAUUCCUGAUUGUUGGAAUAACUCUACAAAACUAUUAAUUCUCAACUUGGGAAAUAAUCGUUUUUCUGGGAAGAUUCCGGACUCUUUAGGCUCAAUGUCUAUAGUUCAAUCAUUGCACUUGAGAAACAACCACCUUACUGGGGAAUUGCCUUCCUCUUUGCAAAAUUGCACAUUAUUGAAAGUUAUGGAUUUUGGAGGCAAUCAAUUUACAGGGAGAAUUCCAGCAUGGAUUGGAGGAUCUUUAAUGGAUUUGGUAAUUGUUAGCCUUCAAGAUAACAAGUUCCAUGGAGAAAUGCCUUCAAAUAUUUGUUAUCUCAAAAACAUCCAAAUCUUAGAUUUUUUCGAGAAUAAAUUUACUGGGAAAAUUCCACAAUGCUUCAACAAUUUCACUCUUUUGCUGCAAAAGAACAAUUCCAAAGAGCUUCAAUAUGAUUUUUCAGAUUUCCUAGAUCCUUUUAGUGUAGUUUACAUAGACAAUAUUUUGAUUCAAUGGAAGAACCAAGAGUGGAAUAUAGGAAGCAACUGGAACUUCUAA